UUUGACAUCAUCAGUUGCGACCUUGCUAUUCUCGUGUAUUUAUGUGCUGAUAUGGCAUAGAAAAGGAAGAAGACUAUGGUUUCUCCUUUGCAAGAAGACUAGCGGAAACAAUGAAAAUAAUUACGAGGCCAUGAUUGCAUCGUAUGGAUCCCUAGCUCCAAAACGAUACACGUACUCAGAGGUAAUGAAGAUAACAUCCUCUCGCAGCAAUGAGCUUGGAAAAGGUGGUUAUGGUGUGGUUUUCAAAGGAACCCUACUUGAUGGCCGUCUAGUAGCAGUGAAAUUCUUGCAUGAAUGCAAAGGAAACGGGGGCGAGUUUGUGAAUGAGGUUAUGAGCAUUGGCAGGACUUCUCAUGUAAAUGUUGUUAGCUUGUUUGGGUUCUGUUUGGAGGGAUCAAAACGAGCUCUUAUAUAUGAGUACAUGUCCAACAAUUCCUUGGAUAAGUUCAUUUACUCAGAGGACCCCAAGGAAAUUUUAGGAUGGGAUAAGCUCUAUGUAAUAGCAAUCGGGAUUGCUCGUGGCCUCGAAUACUUGCACCAUAGUUGUAAUACACGCAUCGUACAUUUCGACAUCAAGCCACAAAAUAUCCUUCUAGACAAGGAUUUUAGCCCCAAAAUUGCUGAUUUUGGUCUAGCUAAAUUGUGUCAUACAAAAGAAAGCAAGGUUUCAAUGACCGGUGCUAGAGGAACAAUUGGAUUCAUCGCUCCAGAAGUUCACUCUCGAAUCUUCGGAGUGGUUUCAACCAAGUCAGAUGUUUAUAGUUAUGGAAUGAUGCUGUUGGAGGUGGUCGGAGGAAGGAGAAACGUAAAAUCAUUUGUUGCAAAGUCCAGCGAAAAGUAUUUCCCAGAUUGGAUUUAUGACCAUUUUGCUCAGGACGAAGGUUUGCAAGCAUGUGCUAUAACAAGUGAAACUGCGGAGGUAGCAAGAAAAAUGACCUUAGUGGGAUUGUGGUGCAUACAAGUAUUACCUAUAUAUCGCCCUACUAUAACAAGAGUUCUUGAAAUGUUCGAGAGAAGCUUAGAUGAGCUGGACAUGCCACCAAAGCAAAACUUCGGUGAACUAGUUGAAAUUUCAGCUCACAGUAUGGAUGUACAAAGUGCAAGCUCCACCAGUACAAGAUCCGAGAGGACAAGCCCUGUGACUUCAAAAACCCUGCAACGGCUGCCAACUCUUUGCGCAGAUAACGCACGUGAAUCCAAAAAAACAUCCUACAACGGUUUCCAACUCUUUGAGAAGGUGACCUAUAUAAGUCAAGAGCAGUCGCAUGCCCACGUGGACAAGUUACCGUCCCAAAAAGGGAAUACAAUUAGUUAUGAGUUUUGUCUUCCAAAGAUCCAACUGCUAGAACAAUUGGAUAUUCAAGACUAUAAAAACGAUUUAUGGUCUAAGUAUGGGUACUUUCAUAAUUCGGGCGCAUAAAGCGUAUCU